AUGGCUUUCAAACCAGCGCUCAUCGUCGUCGACUUCCAAGAGGACUUUUGCCCUCCCCACGGCACGCUCGCCGUCCCCGACGGCCGCGCCAUCGCACCCACCAUCAACGCCCUCCUCGCCCUCCCCUUCACCAUCAAGCUUGCCACACGCGACUGGCAUCCGCUAACGCAUGUCUCCUUUGCCGCCAACCACCCUGGCACCGAGCCCUACACGUCCACGACCACCAUCUCGCACGCCACCAAGCCAAGCUACCAGACCACGCUGUGGCCCGUCCACUGCGUGCAAAACACACCCGGCGCGGAGCUCGUGCCGGAGCUGCAGGUUGCGCAUCUACACGGCAUAGUCGAUAAGGGCAUGGUGGCUGAUCGCGAAAUGUACUCUGCGUUUUACGACCCCUUUGGCGAGUCGGGGUCUGGGCUUGUAGAGAUGCUGCGCGACAGUGGGGUCACGCAUGCGUACGUUGUCGGCCUUGCGUCGGAUUACUGCGUAAAGGCUACGGCGCUGCAUGCUAGGGACGAGGGUCUUGUGACGUAUAUUGUCGAGGACGCAACGCGACCUGUGUUUCCGGAGGCUUGGCCCGCAGAGAGGGAGAAGCUGGUUGCUGAGGGCAUUGUCAUGAUUGACUCGGUAGGAGACGAAGUUGAGCGCGUGAGACAAUUGUAG